AUUGAAAAUAAAAAAUUCAAAAGAAAAAUAAAAAAUUACAAAAUUCUAUUCUUCUGCUAAUAAUCAACCUAUAUUCUCGUGGGCCUGACAAGAAGCAGAAGACGAAGAAGAAGCGACUUUACUUCUUUUUUUUGUUGGCGGGAAAAAACGAAACAUAGAACAGAGUUUCUUCUACAAUUACUUAACUGCCAUCGCCGGCGAUAACAGCGGCGUAGGAGAUGAAAAUUCGUAGGAAGCUCGGUGGUGUAUGCGGGAGCGACGUCGUUGUCUCGUGGAGGUUGUUUUUCUGGUUCGUCGUGCUGUUUGUCUUCUCCUUCGUUCUCUUCUCUACCAUGUUCGUCUUCAAAGGGAAGUUUCGUCCCGUGGUACGUUCGGUGAGAAGCUUCUCAACGGCCAGGGCGAUCAUCGGAGACUCUGCGACGCUGUCUCCGGCGGUUUCGAUUCGCGAAGCGGUGAAACUACCUGAGCAGACACUUGUUUUCCUAAAAUACCCUCAGUCUCUUCGGUUAUUUACCAAAGACGAUCUGAUUUGCGUUUUCUCUUCCGGCGACGAUUCGUCGAAGCUACGGAAGGAGAAACCGGAGGCCGUGGACAGCGACAAAUUCGGCGGCCAGAUCGUACGGUGUCCUGAAACGCCACCUGGCUACACUAUAUCGCUUGCCAUCUCGAGAUGGACGAUAGAUGAUCACCUUGCCGCUGGUCCCACUCACCAGUGGGAUUGGCUUGUUUACGACGCCGUCAUCGACCACGAUAACUCCACGGUGGUUUUCGUCAAGGGACUUAAUCUAAAGCCGGGGAAAGUUGCUGACGUGUCGAGGUACGAGUGCGUGUACGGCUGGGAUUUCGCGAAACACAACCGGUUAAUAAGAUCAGACGUGAUCUCUGCGGCGCAGGAGAUCGUACGGUGCAGAACACCGUUAACAGUGCUAAACGGCCCAAAAUCAGCCCAUGGGCCGGUUAAAGUUUCGGUUCGAAUCAAAGGAGGAACCGGUAUGCUCCCAUCGAUCGCUCAACCGGAUCGGAUCGUUCACCCACCGCGACGGAAACCGUUCGAGAUGUGCGUUUGCACCAUGACGCGAAACGCAGCCGCGGUUCUGAGAGAGUGGGUGAUGUACCACGCCGGGAUCGGCGUUCAGCGGUGGUUCAUCUACGAUAACAACAGCGACGACGACAUAAUCGCAGAGAUCAAGGAUCUCGAACGCCGCGGGUACAACAUCACACGACAUUUCUGGCCGUGGAUCAAAACUCAGGAGGCUGGAUUCUCGAAUUGCGCGAUCCGCGCGAGGAACGAUUGCGAUUGGAUCGCGUUCAUCGACGUCGACGAGUUCUACUACAUCCGCUCCGGUGAAACAUUAACAAGCAUCAUCAGAAACUACACUGCCUCCGCCGAGAUCGGAGAAAUCAGAACGCCGUGCCACAGCUUCGGACCGUCGGGAUUGAGAAACCGGCCUCGAGGUGGAGUCACGGAGGGAUACACUUGCCGUGUGAUUUUACCGGAGAGGCACAAGAGCAUACUCAAGCCGGAAUCGAUGAACGCGACGCUGAUCAACGUGGUGCACCAUUUCCACCUGAAAGAUGGAUUCACGUUUGCUGACGUGGAUAAGGAAGUUAUGGUAAUUAAUCACUAUAAAUAUCAAGUGUGGGAAGUUUUCAAGGAGAAGUUUUAUAGGAGAGUCGCGACUUACGUGGCGGAUUGGCAAAACGAUGAGAAUGUCGGGUCGAGAGAUCGGGCGCCCGGUUUGGGAACCCGACCCAUUGAGCCACCUGAUUGGGCUGAGAGAUUCUGCGAGGUUAAUGAUACGGGGCUUAGAGAUCAGGUGUUGGAGAAAUUUAAAGACAAUAAAUUACAGCGUUUGAUAUGGGAAAAUGAGGAAGACGAAGGCUCACGACGGGCCCAUAAUAGGAUAGAUUGAAAGAUUAAACAUCAGCUUAAUAAAGCUCAUUAGUCAUAAUUUUUGGAAACUUUUUUUUUCCUGUAACUAACUUUUUGUGGAAGAUAUAUGUGACAAUGCCAGAUUUUUUUUUCUCUCUGUAA